AUGGCGUCUAAGAUGUUCACCAGACAUAUACUGUGGGGUGUAGUGGCUUGUUCAAUAUUAUGUAUAGUGCAAGCAUUCUAUGUGCCUGGGGUAGCCCCUGUGGAAUUUAUAAAAGGACAAUCUGUAGAAGUCAAGGCUGUGAAAAUGACCAGUGUAAAGACGCAGCUACCCUAUGAAUAUUAUUCCUUACCAUUUUGUAAACCUAAAACUGGAGUAGUGUACAAAACAGAGAAUUUAGGUGAAGUUUUGAGAGGUGAUCGAAUUACAAAUACUCCAUAUGAGGUCACAAUGGCUGAAAACAAGGGCUGUGAAAUUUUAUGCCAUAAUGACCAAGCUGUCACUAUGACUAUAGAGGACAGCAAACUUGUGGCUGAACGUAUCAGGCAUGCAUAUUACGUUCACUUAUUGGUUGAUAAUUUACCAUGUGCUACCAAAUUUGAAAUGUUAGAAACCAGAGAAGUACAAUAUGAACACGGUUAUAAACUUGGAUUUGUAAAAAAUGAUGAGGUUUUUAUCAAUAACCAUCUGAAACUCAAUUUAAAAUUUCAUACUGAAGAUGAAACUAAAUACAGAGUCGUUGGCUUUGAGGUUGAAGCCAGAAGUGUUGACAGCAAUGAACUCACUCCUGAUAAGCAGAAGUGCUCAAUAAAAAGCAAAGAACCUAAGCCACAAAAGAUUAAUGAGAAAGAUAUCUCUCUCUCUCUCUCUCUCUCUCUCUCUCUCUCUGAUGAUCUCUCUCUCUCUCUCUCUCUGGAUAGAUAUCUCUCUCUCUCUCUCUCUCUCUGGAUAGAUAGAUCUCUCUCUCUCUCUCUCUCUCUGGAUAGAUAUCUCUCUCUCUCUCUCUCUCUCUCUCUCUCUCUCUCUCUCUCUGGAUAG